CACUUCAAUUGUCAUUUGUUAUUAUUUGUUAUUGUUAUGUUAUCAAUCGAACUUUUACUUUUCAACAUUUCAAGUUUUCAAUAGUUUAACACGGUUGGUGCAAGGAAUUGUUGAAGUUUCCCUGAGGAUAGUAUGCAGCCAGCAGUUACCAAAAAUUAUACCCACAGCUUCAUCAGCAACCCACAUUGUCUUCGCUUCUAGAAAAAAUGCAUCAUGUUGAAAGAUAUUGCUGAUCGAGAAUAUCGAUUGAAGAUCUUUUUUUUAUGCACAAAGAUGUUCAUGCACAAAAGGUCUAGUCCAUUUGAAGAUAUUUCUUUGUGGGGAAAUGGAGAAUCCAGUUGUUGAAGAAAAACGAUUCAAAUGUCAUAUUUGCAGCAAACUUUUCACCACGAAAAGGAGUUUGCACAAUCACAGUAUAUUGCACACCGAUAAAAAACAUUACAAAUGUGAAAUCUGCAGCAAACUUUUCAAUACAAAACGGAGUUUGAGCAAUCAUAGUGUUUUGCACACCGGUGAAAAACCUUACGAAUGUGAAAUUUGCAGCAAACUUUUCAUUACGAAACAUUGUUUGAAAAGGCACAGUAUUACGCACACAAGUGAAAAACCUUUCAAAUGUGAUAUUUGCAGCAAAUUUUUUAACUCGAAACAGGGUUUGAACAAACACAGUAAUAUACACGGCGGUAAAAACCCUUAUCAAUGUGAAAUUUGCAAUAAGCUGUUCACCACAAAACAUAUUUUGCAAAAACACAAAAUUUCGCACACCGGUGAAAAACCUUACGAGUGUGAAAUUUGCCACCAGAAGUUCACCGCUAAAGAUUCCUUGCACAGGCAUACCAUGUUGCACACUGGUGAUAGGCCUUACGAAUGUCAAACUUGCAAUAAAAAAUUCACAACUGAAUCGACCAUGAGAGAGCACAGUAUCAUGCACGACAAAGAAAAACCUCACGCCCACGAAUGCAAAGUAUGCCACAAAAAAUUUGUCUACAAGCGUAGUUUGACCAGACAUAGCCUUUCGCACGGUGGUGCGAAAUCUUUCGAAUGCACUAUCUGCCUCAAGAAGUUCGUUCUAAAGAAAAGCUUAACAGUGCACAACUUGCUGCACACCGGUGAAAAACCCUACGAAUGCGACGUCUGCCUCAAAAAAUUCACCCACAGAUGGGUCUUGAAGAAGCACAGUAUUUUGCACAGUGGUGUAGAUGCUCACGAGUGCGAAAUAUGCCACAAGAAGUUUGCCUACGAGCGCAGUUUGAUCAGACACAACUUUCUGCACACUGGUGAGAAACCUUUUGAAUGCGAUGUCUGCCUCAAGAAGUUUGCGUUCAAGAAAUCCUUGGUAGCACACAAAGUCCUGCAUACCGGUGUGAAACCUUACGAAUGUGAUGUGUGCCACAAAAAGUUUUCAUUCAAGUACAUCUUGACUAACCACUACUUCAUUCACACUGAUGAAAAACCUCACAAAUGUUAUAUUUGCGGAAAGACAUUCGCCCGCCUGAUACAUCUAACUACGCACUAUAAUGUGCACGCUCGUGAACAAUCUAUGGGCUGCGAGAUUUCCCAAAAAGAGCUUUCCAAUUCUGCGCACACUGUUGGAGAAUCAUUUGGAUGUGAGAGUUGCUAUGAAACAUUCCCUAGUGCUGAAAAUUUGACUCUACACCUCGAAUCACACAAAGUGAAGAGUGAAUUUGACAGUGUUGUCGUCAAACAAGAAUGUGAUAUCGAAAUUGAAAAUCAUGAAAUUAAAUUGGAAAAUCUUGAAGAAACCGUCGAAACAGAAGAAAUAGACAAUGUUUAUUGA